CGGGACGUCGGGCGUCGAGACGGACGUCGUACUAGGGUGAACGGUUUCGUUGCGCCACUGCCGUCGAGUCCUCCGUCGAGUUCGUCGACUGUUUUCGAGUGGUUGGCAAAAUUUUGACAAAGUUGCGCAAAUCGAACAGGUCUGAAAUCGCGCGUCAACUAAUUCCUGCUCUAUACGUCUUUACAUCAUACUUCUAUUCAACAUAAUGCAGGGACUGAGAAGUGCGGUCGCAUUUUCAACUUUGCUGUUGAAUUUUGAAAAAAGUUGACGUCAGAAGUUCGGUAGUAGCUGGUUUCAUAGUUUCAUAUACAAAAUAUAAUACGCAGUGUGAAAAUGAUAAUCAAAAUCUUGAACAAUCCUUGUCACUUUUCGUCGUUGGUCAUCCUUUUCGUUAUUUUUCAAACCGGGGCUGCUAUCGAUUGUUUCAAAUGCGUUUCGAUCGGGGGUAACAAUAAAGCUUGCGACGAUCCCUUCCACAACAAUGGUACCCUCGGUUUCCUGGAGACGCCAUGUCUUGGCGGUCGCAAGGGGCGGGACGGUUUGUUUCCGGCUACAGCCUGCAUUAAAAUUGCUGGAAUUUACGACGAAUCCGGUGUUUCUCUGACGGUGAGGAGCUGCGCCUUGGACAGCGGGACCCUGACGACGGACUCGGAGAUCAUCAGGAUGUCUCACUGCGGUGGAUUCUACUUCGACGAGAAGUACGUUCGAGGCUGUGUUCAAUCCUGCAGCGACGCCGACGCCUGUAACAGGUCUGGAAAAAAUUCACACUCUGCGGUCCUCAUCCUCACGAUUUUCGCAAUCCUUGGUCGGCUUUGACCUGCAGCUCCUCGCGAUGCUUGAUCGUCAAAUCGAUGAUCGAGCCGCCGGAUACAUCGCGAGAACAACGAAGCUGACUUGUCACAUCUUCGCCGGGACUUAAGGGUGAUAUUUCAACUCGCCGGAGGAUUUAGUGACUGAGUAAUCGCAAUGUGGUUACGUGUUAGCGAAAUCAAGCGAGGCUGAUCUGUGGCCUUCAGUUUUAGACACUGUAUGACGAAACUGUCCUGAGCUUGAUUAAUCCACUUAAUCAGCGUUAAAAUUAACCUGAGCGAAGGACACUGUGUAGAGAACGUCGCGUGCAGAGUAGAGGUACUCCAUAAGUAAUGAUGCAGCAGCUCCUCUUAUAUUACAGAUAGGUAUUAUAUUUUAGGUAUAACUUCUAUCAUGGGCUGUGUCUGAUGCCCAUACUGU